AAUCUCCCCUUUACGCCGCGAUUGUGUGAAUUUCAAAAUCAAUUCUAGAAUAUUUAUGUUUAAUUUGUUCAAUUAAUGUAAUUAUAGUUGGUUUAGUUUAAUAAUUUAGGUGAUCAAAAUGAUUACCAAGGAGCACAAUAGACCAUAUAAACUGGUUCAUCAGUUGCUCUGUAUUAGCAAUAUCAACUUUGAACGGCAAUCUUACAUUGGGAUGGUUGAGCUUCAUGUGAUUGCCCAGGAUAGCAGCUUGCGACAGAUCAAAAUAAACUGUAAACAAUUGAGGAUCUUCAAGAUUAAUAUGAAUGACUACCACCAAUGUACAUUUACCUACAAUGAUCCUAGUCUAGAGAUUUGUCAAGAAGAAUGCAAACAACGGAACAUUGAUGCCUUUUCAUCAGCACAUUUAACAUGUAUUGGCUCAACUGACCCUGAAAAGAAUAAUGGUGAAAUUAUAAUUCAAGUUCCUUACCAGCUCUUAAAUUACGUUCAAGAAGGAAGAAUUCUUAGAAUAAGUAUAGAAUUUGGAGCUGAAACACCACUUGGAGGGGUUCAUUUUGCGGUACCAAGAACUAUAGAAGAUCCUAAUUACAAUGUUACUGCAACUCAUAUGUUUACUUAUGGCCAUGAAAACAGUUCUCGUCUUUGGUUCCCUUCUGUUGACUCUUACAGUGAACCUUGUUCUUGGAAACUCGAGUUUACAGUUGACGCCUCUAUGAUUGCUGUCUCAUGUGGUGACUUGGUCGAUACAAUUUACACUCAUGACAAAAAGAGAAAAACUUAUCAUUAUCAACUGAAUGUUCCUACUUGUGCUCCUGCAAUCGGGUUAGCUGUUGGUCCAUUUGAAGUUAUGGUUGAUCCAAAUAUGCAUGAAGUCACGCAUUUUUGUCUACCUCAUUUACGAUCUCUUCUGCAAGCUACUUGUUCUUUUUUGCAUGAAGUCUUUGAAUUUUACGAGGAACUUUUGUCAACUAGGUACCCAUACUCUUGUUACAAACAAGUUUUCGUUGAUGAAGCAUAUGCUGAUUGCUUAUCCUAUGCUUCUAUGAGUAUAUUAGAUGUUAAUCUUCUCCAUUCCAAGCACAUAAUUGACCAAACUUACCAAACUCGAGACAUUCUUGCUUCUGCUGUAGCCAGACAAUUUUUUGGAACUUUCAUCACUAUGAAUGAUUAUUCAGAUGCAUGGUUGACUCGUGGUAUAUCUGCCCAUUUAAGCUCUCAGUAUAAAAAGAAAGCUUUUGGUAACAACGAAUAUCGUUUUGAUGUUCAUCGUGAGCUUAAUGAAGUUGUUGCCUAUGAACAAAAACACGGUGGAGUUAUUCUCGAUCCCUUCAACACAUCCGAUUCGGAAAAUUCAAAUGCAUUGUACUUUUCUUAUCGUUAUCCUCACACUAUUUCUCCUCUAUAUGAUGAAAUUCAUCGUAAAAAGUCUCAUUUAAUUAUACGUAUGCUUGAAGAUAGAAUUGGUCGAGAACUUAUGCUUCAAGUCUUCAACAAACUACUUUCUCUAGCAAUUAAUGCAUCCCAACAGAAAAUUACUGCAAACACACUUAUGGCUUGGACUAAUAUACAGAUUUCUACUAGUAGCUUUACGAAAGUUAUUUUCAACGUUACCGGUAAAGAUAUCGAGACAUUCCUUAGUCAAUGGGUGCGUGUUGGUGGCCACCCUAAAUUUCAUGGAAGUUUUAAUUUCAAUCGAAAACGUAACAUUGUUGAGCUUGAGAUUAAACAAUUAGAAGUAACAUCCCUCGGAAUAAGAAAAUAUAUGGGUCCGAUUACAGUUUGGAUACAAGAACUGGAUGGAACUUUCAAACACAAUCUUCAAGUGGAAGAAAAUACAACUAAACAUGAUAUAACCUGUCAUUCUAAAAGUCGCCGAAAUAAAAAGAAAAAAAUUCCUCUUUGUACCGGAGAAGAAGUUGAUAUGGAUCUUUCGAAUAUGGAUGCCGAUUCACCCGUUUUAUGGAUAAGGAUUGAUCCAGACAUGCAACUUCUUAGACAAGUUGUUUUUGAACAACCUGAUACCAAUUGGCAAUUUCAAUUACGUUAUGAGCGUGAUGUAACAGCUCAAGCAGAAGCUAUCGAACAACUAAAACGUUAUCCAACUGAAGCUACAAGAAAAUCUCUAAUGGAUAUUAUCGGAAAUGAGCACUGUUUUUAUAAAAUAAGGUGUAUGGCAGCCAUGGCCUUAACUAACGUUGCCAAUGACAUGGUUACCCAAGCAGCUGGUCCUCCUGCACCAGCAGUCAUGAUAAAUGUGUUCAGAAAACUUUAUGGUUCAUUUUCAUGUCCACAAAUACCAAAGUUGAAUAACUUUUCCAACUUUCAGUUGUAUUUUCUCCAAAAAACAUUACCCGUUUCUAUGGCUGGUCUUCGAUCAGCUCAUAAAAUUUGCCCACCAGAAGUUCUUAGGUUCAUACUGGACUUGUUCAAAUAUAAUGAUAACAGCAAAAACAAAUUUUCUGACAAUUACUAUCGAUCUGCAUUGAUUGAUGCUUUAGCCGCCUCUGUCACGCCUUGUGUAUCUGCAGUUUUAGCAAGAACCAGUUUACAACCUCAAGCUGAAUCAUUGCCUCAAGAAACUAAACUUAUCUUGGAAGAAAUUGUGAGAUAUUUCAAUCUGGACAAACUACUACCAUGUUAUAAGCUUACAGUUACUGUCUCUUGUCUAAAAGCCAUACGUCAUUUACAGAAAAUGGGCCAUUUGCCGAGUAAUUCAUCCUUUUAUCGAGAAUAUGCUCAAUAUGGUGUUUUUAUUGACUUACGGAUUGCAGCCAUUGAAUGCCUCAUCGAUAUCGCUAAAGUGGAACAGCGUAAAGAAGAUCUUGACUUUUUACUAGACAUUAUUGAACAUGAUCCUGUUCCCAAAGUUAAACAUCUCACAAUACGAUUAAUGAUUGAAAAUCCACCAAUAACCAAAAAAGAUGCUCAUAGCCCAUUGAAUACAGAGGACAUUGUCGAAAGGCUUUGGAGACUGAUGAACAAUUGUCUGUACCACGAUUCUAAACUCAGAUGUGCCGUUGUAGAUCUGUAUUACACUUUCUAUGGACGCUCAAGGCCUUCAUGCUUGCCUAAACCUGAGUUUUCCAUGGUUCUUAAUUUGAAAGAAAAAAAAGCGGUAAUCAGUACGGCUUUAUCAAUGUCACCUUCGCAAUCAAAUAGAGAUGAAAAACAUACUGAAAGUGAACCUUUGGAUACUUUUUCGCAAAUCAUCGCUCUCAAAAGACCAGUCAACGAAGAAUUUUUAUCCAAUAAAAAGAGACGAUUAUCAGCCGAAGGAUCGCAUAUUAGUGAGGAGGAUAACCCUGAACCGAGUUUAGGCUUAUCGGAGACUAAAAUAUCUGAAGAAGAUAUAAUCUCUGAUCCUAGUGAUAUUCAAUUAAGUUUACGACCUCCAACACCAACUAAUCCAUCUUCACAGUUAUCUCCUAAAGAAUCUUCACCAUUGGUAUUAUCAAUGAUUGAUCAAAAUAAUGACGAUAUUGCCUUUACACCACCUUCAAGUGCCCUUUCCAAUGAAAUGGUUUCCACUCCUAUUCCUUUACCUGAACCAGUGGACAGAGAAAGACUUAUGGAGGUUGAAAGCCGAGAAAAAUAUGAGAAACCAGAGAAAAGUGAAAGAAGUGAAAAGAAAAAAGAGAAAAAAGAUAAAGACAGAGACAAAGAUAGAGAAGAAGGAGGAUCAUCGAAACCACAUAAAGAUAAAAAGAAGAAGAAGAAGAAACACAAGCAUAAACAUAAGCAUAAGCAUCGAGAACAUGAUCAUGACCAUCAUUCACCCGAUUAUAAAGGCGAUCAUGAUAAUCCUGCUGACAUGGAAUAUGAAAAUCCUGGUUUAGCUUUGUAGAAAAAUCCUCAUUAUGUUUAAUCCUUUAUUUACCCUUUGAGUAUAAUCAAUUCAUUUUCAUGAGAACUCAUUGAUUCGAAUGUAGAUAAUCAUCAAAAUCUGAUACUUAAACUUUUGUAAUUUUUUUUCCUAUCUACAGUAGGCCGCAAAUGGUUUACAAGAUAAUUAUAUUCAUUUUUGAGUUUUAUUUAAA